AACAGCGGUCAAAUCAAGAUCUGGCAUUCUUGUAAAUCUGAAAUAAAACAAGACCAAAAUAGUAGUCAGGAGGGUACGAAUUUAUUAAAGCAGGCAAACCGCCUUCCGACUACCUCGCGAAUUCCCAAAAAAUUCCCCCUCUUCACUGCACAACGUUAAAACCUUAGCCAUGAAAUCCCUCCCCUCCAUCUCCAUGCACUUUCUAACCCUCCUCUUCUUCUUUCUCCACCCAAUCCCAACCCUUGGUUCCACCGGCUACGACACCAGCCCCACCGAUUACAUCCGUACAAGCUGCUCUGCCACAUUGUAUCCUGUCCUUUGCUACACUUCCCUAUCUGGUUACGCCAAUCCGGUCCAGCAAGACCCAGCUCCUCUAGCUCGCAUCGCCAUUGGUGUCAGCCUCUCCAAGGCCCGUCACAUAGCAUCUUAUGUCUCUAACCUCACCCGUGAAACAGCCUACGGCGCUGACCCACAAGCCAGCGCCGCCUUACACGACUGUUUUUCCAACAUGGACGAUGCCGUGGAUAAAAUCCAUGGUUCGUUAAGGCAAAUGCGACGGCUGGUAGCCCCGGGUUUGGAGUCUUUCAGGUUCCAAAUGGGGAACGUUCAGACAUGGAUGAGCGCGGCUUUGACGGACGAAGAGACAUGUACAGACGGGUUCGAAGAUGUGAAGGAGGGGCCAUUCAAAACGGAGGUGUACGAGAGGGCGGUGGAAGUGAAGAAGCUUACGAGCAAUGCUUUGGCGUUGGUUAAUAGUUAUGCAGAAAAGGGUGAGUAAAAAACCCAAAAGAAAAAUGUAUAAUUUUUUAUCAACUAAGGAAUAUUGUUAAAAACUUUGUUUAAGUUGUUUCGUGAGUGAAAUCUAAAAAGCUGUAUCACUUUCGUUUGUAAAUGGAGCAAAGUUUACGGAGUUAA